GGGGACACGAGGAGAAGGGCUGAGACACGGAGGAGCAUUCCUGUUCGGAGGGGGGGGGACUGCAGGUUGACUUUCCGAUCCCCUAACUCCCCCCUUGCCCACCCCUAGCCCAUGGGUGCUCCCCCCCCCCUUGCCCUCCCCUCCUCCCGCAACUCCAGCGCCGAGGAAGCCGAGCCGGAGGCAGUGCUGAGCCGGAUAUGCAGCGACUCCCCGCAUCCCUCCUUGGCAGAGCGCGGUGACGCCGCGGCAGCCACCACGGAGAGGACACAGGACCCCCCCCCUGGGCCUCCGUGCCCCUUUGAGGGGGUGGCCUGGACCCCGAGACCCCCCCAGGGACCCCCUCAGGGCUGCUUCACCUGCAUCGCCAAGCCCCCGGCUCUCCGGCAAGCUUCGCCCGUCCUGUCUCCCUCUUCUGCCGUUUAUCUCAUGGAGAGCAAGAGCUGCAAAGGGGACAGCCUGCGGCCAGCGGUCCCGUGCAAGCACUCGGUAGAGAAGAAGACAAUGACCAACCCCACCACCGUCAUCGAAAUUUACCCCGACACCACCGAGGUGAACGACUACUAUCUCUGGUCCAUCUUCAACUUUGUAUACCUCAACUUCUGCUGCCUCGGCUUCAUCGCCUUGGCCUAUUCAUUGAAAGUCCGGGAUAAGAAACUCCUCAAUGACUUAAAUGGAGCAGUUGAAGAUGCCAAGACAGCCCGGCUUUUUAACAUCACCAGCUCAGCCCUUGCCACCUUCUGUAUUAUCCUUAUCUUCAUCUUCCUGCGAUACCCCCUCACUGACUACUAGAGUGAGGCCAACAGCAGCAGCCGCCGCCAAAAUGCCUCUAUGCCAGAAGUGUCUGCAGUCGUUUCUUGUAGCAAGGACGCAAAAAAAAAAAAAAAACCUACACCUUGAUUGCAAAAAAAAAAAGCCAGUUAAAUACAUACAUAAAAAAUUAAAUUAGUUUAUCAGCCCAGCUGAGCAUACCCUUCCUGCCCCCAAACAGUAUGUGAACUGCUGUAGGAAAGGCUCUCACUCUUAUACAUGCACAAGGAGAAAAACAGAACAAGAAAUAUUUAUUUUCUGGCCAAUAACCCAUGUGCAAGAGCGUGCAAAGCCCAGAGCGACACACGCCUAGCAGCAGACAGCUGAGCUCUGGGGAGCAGUGGGGUCCUGCCGAGUGGAAGGCACGUGCCGUGACGGAUGGGGACCACAGCAGGGCUGGCUCACAACAUAUCAGGUGUGUUCAGACCACCCCACCACCCCCCGAUGUAUGGGGGUUUCUUUUUCUUUUCCUCUCUUGAAUUUCAUCCACUGGUUCAAACAACUCCCAACCCCUGGAGAGCUGAGGGUGUUAGGAAGUUCACGCUAGGGAGCCCCAAAGCCUCCAGAGAAACCCCAAAGCAUUAAAGAGCAGGUUUCUCCUCGGGAUCUCCUGGCAAUGCUGAGAGGGAAGGCACCUUCUGGAGAACUCACCCAAGCCCCCUAAACCGAGUGCUACUGUAUUUCUGUAAACAGUCAAUAAAAGAUACCUCUGAUAUCA